AUGGCUGCAGCAACCCCCACGCUGGCCGAGGUGAUAUUCCCCGAGCAGGCCAACCACAACUUUUCACGCAUUCUCGGAGACCUCAAGCGCUCCAACCUUUCCAUCACAAACCGGCUCAGAUCGAUCCAACACGACGCCUCUUUUGUCGAAAGUGUUGCUGACGCGUUGCAGCUGCCGUUGGUCGCGAAUGAGCGCUGCGGGAGCUGGUAUAUCGAUCCGGCCAGGAAGACAGCCUCUGCUUACUUCAAAAGCACAGAUGGGCACACCGGCCAGUGGAAGUUUAGCACGAGGAGGAUAAAUCUGCAUUUGCUGGGUGUAGCUGGGGAACAUAAUGGGUGCAUCAUUGUUGACUCUACCCGGCGAGGCAAACGACACCCAGACGCUCUAAGCAAAACAAUCCCAACCUGGUGUGCAGUCCUCAACCGGGCCCUCUUCCCAGACAUCCCCUCCUCACACACCCUCCACGUCCCACCAAACGCAGUCUCGGAUUCGGAAGCCAGUCAAAUCUCAGCCCGGCUCCCGGACUUUGUCGAGUCUUUUCGCUCACUCAAAAUCGACCUCGCACCUCUCAGGGCCCAGCUGAAGAAACCGCUCCGCCCGUUCUGGAUAACCCAAGACGACGCUCUCGAUCUUGCAUUCUCCGAGGACUUCCACCCAGUAGUCUGCUGCACCAGCUCCCGAAGAGUCACUGGAACAGAGCUAGGUGAGGGCGGGUACAUCCAGGGAGCAGGAGACGACACGGAGAACUGGGCGCUGGGUCUGACGGCGCAGAUUUGGUGGAAGCACAAGGAUGAGUUAGUCUCCACACCAGAGAGUGACCUCCCCGAGCUUAUCGAGAGGCUCGUGGCCGAGGAAGGGCCCGCCGGUGAUUCCGCCGGGCAAGUGAGAAGAGUUGCUCCGGGGAUCUAUGUAGGCACCCUCGAAGCGGUUGACGCUCAACUUGCGACCCCGGGGACGUGUGUAGUCAGCUUGCUGCCCAAGACAACCCCUCAGGAUUCUUGGGUCAAGUCACCUUCUCAUAUCGAGGUUGGGUUGGGGAAGAGCAAGGCUGCCAGUAGGCUGUUGAGAGAUGCUCUGCCAAGGAUCUGUGAGUUUGCAUCUCGUUUUCUGUGCGAGACAAAACCAGACGUGGAAGGCACAGUGCCUGAGAAGAGGUUCGUUAUACUCUGCGGGUCAGGAAAAGAUCUCUCGGUAGGCGUCGCUCUAGCUCUCUACUGCUGGUGUUUUGACGCCGAGGGAAACAUUUGGUCAGCAAGUGACCAAAGGGAGUCCUUCACCAAGACUGCCAUCCGGGUCAAACUAGGGCACAUCAUGAACACAGUCCCCGACGCCAACCCCGGCAGAGCCACCCUCCAAAGCGUAAACAGUUACUUGAUGGACUGGCGAAAGUGA